GCAUAUAAAUGUAUGUGUUUGGUAAGCGACGAGCAGUGCAAGUGGGAUCAACGCUUGGUCGGCGCUUUUUGCUUCUUUGUAAAUUUACCUGUUUAAAACACCUCAGACUCCAUCACUGCAUCAGUUUAAGUCUACCAGCACGUCUGAUCACGAGUGUAUAAUUAUAAAAUGCGUGGAUGUAAAAAAUUAAUUUCCUUGAGAGAAUUUUUAUUUUUUAUCAAUGUCUUUCACUUUGUAUCAAGUGUUCCGAAUACGGCAAUCGAUGGAGGUAGUUGUCCAAUGAUUAAUCCAGCAAAUAUAUUGAGACAAAAAGAGUUGCUUCAGGAAUUAACGAAUGAUUGUAGGUACGAUAAGAUGGUGAGACCACCAGGUGAAAUCAAUGCAAGUGACCCAAUUCGAGUAGCCUGUAGGGCUAAUAUAUAUACUAUUAAAUCGAAUAUGGCCAAAACAUUGCAAUUUGAUGUUCACAUGAUGCUUCAACUUCGCUAUCGUGAUGCACGACUUAAAUAUACAGAAAUAGCACCACAAUAUAAUCAAAUAUACGGUGGUCAAGAAGCACACAAUUUAAUUUGGACUCCAACUGUUUUUGUUUCGAAUGAAAGAACUUCGGUUAUUAUGGGUAAUGGAGUUAAAGAUUUGUUAAUUUCUAUUGAUCCUACUGGAAUGGUUAUCUUAAACACUAGAAUUGAAGCUACCUUGAACUGUGCUCUGCGCUUGGAAAAGUUUCCCUUCGAUGUCCAAGAGUGUCCCCUCAUCUUCGAAAGCUGGACAUAUAGUGCUCAAGACAUGAAACUUGAGUGGGACGAAGCACCUAUCAUUCUAGCUGAAGAACUGCAUUUAACUGAGUAUCGACUGGUAGAGAAAUGGGUUAACGAGUCUGAGGUCUCUUACACUGCGGCACAGCAACAUUAUGGUCACUUUGCAGGUAAUUUCAGUUCAAUCAGUAUAACAUUCAAAUUAGCCAGAGAAAUGGGAUUCUUUGUCAUGGAUUAUUAUAUACCAUCAAUAUUGAUCGUGGUGGUUUCCUGGGUUUCAUUUUGGCUUCAUGUAGAUGCAAGUCCACCAAGAAUUGUUUUGGGUACCAAUACAAUUUUAGCAUUCAUGACUUUAGCAUCUAAAGUUGAAAAUUCAUUGCCUAAAGUGUCUUAUAUUAAGGCUAGUGAGAUAUGGUUUCUUGGUUGCACGAUAUUCCUGUUUGCAGCGAUGGUAGAGUUUGCUUUUGUCAAUACGAUUUACCGUAGGAAGAAAAAUGUACCCUUGAAGAAGGUCAAUAGUAAGUACAUUUUAAAAUCAACUUUAACACCACGAUUAGCUAGAAAGCAGUUUCAUAAAAAUACUACAAGCCUUGAGAGAUCAAAAUCUUGGUCAUCUCUAGAUCAUGGACGACUUAAUGGCAAUGAUUAUUCAAGUCAAAAUUAUCUCACAGUUCAUAGCUUCCCUAGCACGAUAAAUAUUCCAUCAGUGCGGGUAGACGAUGACAAAGAGCGAGAUUAUUCAAGCGGGAGUAUAAUGACAGUGGAAAGUUCACCAUCACCACCAGCCAAAUCAUUUGCCAGGCGACCAACUCUUGCUAAACUUCAUAACUUUACUACAAUGACACCUCAAGAAAUAGCUCAAUGGAUUGAUAGACGUAGCAGGAUAAUAAUUGUUUUUGAUGACGUAGAAAUUGAGAAACAAAAACGUGGUACUCCAAGACAAUAUUUAUAUGAUUUAGUAUUAGGAGAAGAUUCUUCUCAAGAAGCAGUUUAUGAAGGAACAACAAAGUCAUUAGUACAAGAUAUAAUCGAUGGUUACAAUGCAACAGUUUUUGCCUACGGUGCUACUGGAGCAGGAAAAACUUAUACAAUGGUUGGUAGUGCUGAACAACCAGGAGUAAUGGUACGAGCAUUAAAUGAUAUUUUUCUUGCUGCUCGUAAACUUUCAAGUGCUGCUGAUGUCCAGGUAGCAAUGUCAUAUCUUGAAAUAUAUAAUGAAAAUAUUCGCGACCUGUUGAAUCCAAGUACGGGUUACUUAGAGUUGCGUGACGAUUCUCGAGGUCGCAACAUUCAAGUUCCAGGUCUUACAGAAGUUUCAACAAACUCGACAGAAGAAGUAAUGAAGCUUUUGCACCAAGGAAAUAAAGCUAGAACAGUUGAACCAACUGCUGCUAAUGAGACAUCUUCAAGAAGUCAUGCUUUAUUAAGUGUCGUAGUUAAACAAACAAUGAGGCCAUCAUCAGGACGUGAUUUAAAGCAUCGAGCAAAAAUUAAGCAAGGAAAAUUAUUUAUGAUUGAUCUUGCAGGAUCAGAAAGAGCAAAGCAGACCAAGAAUCAAGGAAAACGUUUACAAGAAGGUGCUCAUAUCAAUAGAUCUCUUCUAGCACUUGGAAACUGUAUUACAGCUUUAUCAGCAGGAGCUCGUUAUGUUAAUUAUCGUGACUCAAAACUUACAAGACUGUUGAAAGAUGCUUUAGGUGGAAAUAGUCGAACUGUGAUGAUAGCUCAUGUUUCUCCAGCUCCAGUUCAUCGGGAAGAAAGUAAAAAUACACUGAUGUAUGCUGAUCGAGCUAAUCGUAUUACUAAUAAAGUUGAACAAAAUGUUGUCGAUGUAAAUUAUCAUGUAUCUCAGUAUAAAGACAUUAUAAGUGAUCUUAAGAAUGAGAUUUCAAGGUUGAGGAAUAAAAUGAAUGAGACUGAGAGGCCAAUAAGUCAACAGAGAGUGAUAACAAAAGGAAAUGAUUUGAGAACGUUGAGGGAAAAAAUAGUGUCUGCUUUCAAAGAACAAAUGAGAUUAAGGCGAAAACUUAUGGAGCUGGAUAGUCAUCUUCUAGGUCUUAAUAUUGCCGCCGAACAACAACAUGCAAUCAUAGCACAUUGGGAGUCGAGAAAUAACAGACUUUACAGAGCGAGUAAGGACUCAAAGAAACGAUUAAGUGUUGGUAGUCAGAUAGACGAAGGUGAUAAUGAGGAAUUAAAUGACGAAAAUGAAGUAGAUGAUGUUACAGUCCAACAAGCUUGGACAGAAUUAGCUGAAAUAAAUAAAGAACAAGAACGAUAUGCGGAAAUUAGAGCCAUAACUGAACGAGAUUUAGAAAAUUGUAGACAAAAAAGUGCUCUACUUGAAGAUGAAUUGCCGUUACGUAUAAAUUCAGAAGAAGAACGAGAACUUUUAGCUUUAAUGCUUCGUGUUCAUGAACUUGAAGCAGAUAAAAUGAUGCUACAGAGUGAAAGACUUGUUAAACAACAUGAACUUAGAAGACGUGAGCUCUUAUUGCUUAGAUAUGACAGACAAAGACAGAUAUCUGAUGAAAUAAUUACUCGACAACGGAGGAUAAUGGAAGAUGGUAAAAUAAUGCUUCCAUCUGAUUUGCAAGAAUUAUAUGUUAUGUAUCAGCGUGAAAUUCAUGCGGCUGCAUAUAACGACAGUAAUCUAGUGGAUUUAUCGGUUUCUUCCAUGCUUUUUAACAAUAAAUUACCGCCAAUUAAUCGUGGAAUGCAUUUUGACAGUCUUGAUGAUACACGAUUACCCAGCAGCUCCACAGACUCUGAUUGGGAGUCUCCAUUGCCUCCAAUUCCAGAACCUCAAGAGAUCGAAAAUGUCAUGGGUCCUGUGGUUCGACCUUUAGUAUCACCGUCUGUUUUUUUUCCACCUAUACCACCAUCAGGCAAAAGAAGCCAAGAAAAUAAAUUACGUCGAGUCUCUAGUGACAUUAAUGUAAACUCGACAAAGAAUACACGUGAUUCACGAUUAAGAGGAUAAAAUAACUGCAGUGUAAAUCGAUUUAUUACAAUUACUGCAGUAGAAUGCUACUAGUACCUGAUUACAAACCAAAAUAGCCAUCUUGAUGUCUGCUACUAGUCAUUGUGGGCUAAUUUAAGUCGACGACGUCGUCUUCUAGCUGGAGAAUCAACUUCU